AAACUGACAUAUUUCGAGACUGAACAGCUUCAAAACAGUUUAACAAUCAACAUUGUAUAGGUUUUCAUAAUUAAAACAGUAGUGUUGAGUGGUUUGUUUGGAUGCGUCGGCAGAUUAUCUACAGAUAAAUCAUUGUUUUUGUUUUGUUUGUUAAUAACUCGUAAUCAGAUCUAAAAUUUGGAAUGGCUUCAAAUUGACCUCCAGCGAGGUCAAUUGCGAAUGUGUCCAACUGCGCACAGACGAAGGGAACAGUUAUAUAUGUGUUUGUGACUGAUAAAUAAGGAGUGGAAAAUUGUUGAAAACACCACAACAAUGGCAGAAAAGAAGCUGAACUACAAGAACUAUUUGCAGUUGGACAAGCUGCUGGACUGUCAGCUCGUCCAGAGCAAGGCGGCUGGAAACACCGUCCAUGACGAGCACCUGUUCAUCAUUACACAUCAGGCGUACGAGCUGUGGUUCAAGCAAAUUCUUUACGAGAUCGAUUCAGUCCGCGUGCUCUUUGACACACCAGCCAAGACGCUGGACGAAGGCAAGACACUGAACAUCAUCAACCGCUUGGGCCGAGUGUCCCUUAUACUGAAGCUUUUGACGGACCAAUUUCAGAUUUUGGAAACCAUGACACCGUUGGACUUUCUCGAGUUCAGGGGUUAUCUCUCGACGGCGUCCGGCUUCCAGAGCUUACAGUUCCGCCUUGUAGAAAACAAACUGGGAUUGCAAGAUGACAACCGGAUCAAGUACAACCAGCAGCACUACCGGGGCGUGUUUUGCGCACACGCGGACGUGACCGCCCUAGAGGACUCAACCGGAAAUCCAUCUCUCUUCAAACUUGUUGAGGCGUGGCUAGAGCGGACCCCAGGUCUCGUGAAGCACGAGUUCAACUUUUGGGGCAAGUACCGGAAGGCUGUCAACCGUUGGAUAGAUGAAUGUUGGCUCAAGCCCGCACUGGCUGAAGAAGACCCCAUUGUUCGCGAAACCCGGAUGUUGGAGUACCGGAAACAAGUCGAGACAUUCGAGUCGAUAUUCGACCCCGAGAAGCACCAGGUCCUCGUGGAGAGAGGAGACCGGCGGUUCAGCCACCGGGCGUCGCAGGGUGCUCUGAUGAUCUCGCUGUACCGGGACGAGCCGCGCUUCCACCAGCCGUUCCACAUGCUUUCUCUCCUUACAGACAUUGACUCGCUCAUGACCAAGUGGAGGUCAAACCACGUGACCAUGGUACAGAGGAUGAUCGGCAGUAAGAUGGGGACGGGCGGUUCCUCCGGUUACCAGUACCUCCGCUCUACAGUCAGCGAUCGGUACAAGGUUUUCUUGGACCUCUUCAACUUGUCAGCCUUCCUUAUACCACGUGACUUCAUCCCGCCGCUGACGUCAUCAAUGAAACGCAGAUUGAGCGUCCUUUCGCACGAGCAACUGGACGAAGUAGACGCUGAAUACCAGCUGGACAUUUCCGAUGACGAAACAGACGAUUCUGGAAUCUGUCCUCAUAGCAACACAGGAAAUGACGUCACAGAUAUCGAAAAUGGAAUGAAGGAAGUCAAGGUUACCUUUGACCUUAAAAUAUAGAGCAGGUCUACAAUGUGUUGCUUUCAAUAUGACUUAUUUCUUGAAUUGUAAGGAAAUUACGUUAUAUACGCAGUGAAUACACGUUUAAGUUGUAUCCUAUUUUAGUGUAAUUUUACUGAAUCAAGCCAUAUUCAGCGUAGGGGCGUUUUGACACAACCAUUUGAAUGCGCCCCCUCCCCCAUUAUUUUGUUUAAAUAAAAUCCCAGGCUGAUAUAUAAUGAUUGGGGAAGUGUUACUAACGAUAACUUACAAAAAUAAUAUUUUUGUGAAUCUGUAUUGUAUUAUCAAAAUAUAAUAACGGGGGGCGUGGUCAAAUGUCAAAACAACGCACACUGCCCCUGUGAUAUUCAGUAAACAUUAUUGUAAAAACUGGACUUGUCUUAUAAUCUCCAUGUUGUAUAAUACGUUGAUUCACCUGGGGUUUGGUCAUUCUGAAUUGCACUGUAUCAUUUUAUAUUUGCAUACAUACAGUUUGCAUUAUUUACGGUUCACAUUGAAUAUCAUUGGUUGGCAUCUAAUAAAAAAGAACAAUA